UUGCGGAAAGAGCGAAGUCCGCGUCUUUCUCGCCCCCAAGGCCUCUGGCAGCACUUUGGUAAACCACGGUCCGGCGACUCGAGCCGGGAUGUUUCCGCGGAACUUCAGGGUCCCGCUCCUGCCGGUGUUCCCGAAUUUUAAUUUCACUCAAGCGUGACAACCCUGACUUAUAACACCCUGGUUGAAUAAUCUUCAUUGACAAUGCGGUGUAUUGGUUUUCCCUUACUCAAACCUACUGAAACUUAAAAAUCCGAGUGAAUCUCAGGGGCAAGUGUCCAGAAGAUGGUUGGGACGAAAGUACUCUUGAACUAUUUCUACAUGAACUUGCAAUCAUGGAUAGCAACAAUUUCUUGGGCAAUUGUGGUGUGGGAGAAAGGGAAGGGAGAGUGGCAUCUGCAUUAGUUGCUCGUCGGCAUUACAGGCUCAUUCAUGGAAUUGGACGAUCGGGUGAUAUUUCUGCUGUGCAACCAAAAGCUGCAGGCUCUAGCCUUUUGAACAAGAUUACUAAUUCUUUGGUCUUGGACAUCAUAAAGUUGGCUGGUGUGCAUACAGUGGCCAAUUGCUUCGUAGUUCCUAUGGCAACUGGUAUGAGUCUAACUCUGUGUUUCUUAACGUUACGGCACAGAAGACCAAAGGCAAAGUAUAUCAUAUGGCCACGAAUAGACCAGAAGUCCUGUUUUAAAUCCAUGAUCACUGCAGGUUUUGAGCCUGUGGUGAUAGAAAACGUGUUGGAAGGUGAUGAACUGCGCACAGACCUGAAAGCAGUGGAGGCUAAAGUCCAGGAACUUGGGCCUGAUAAUGUGCUGUGUAUUCAUUCUACUACAUCCUGUUUUGCUCCAAGGGUGCCUGAUAGAUUAGAAGAACUGGCUGUGAUUUGUGCUAAUUAUGGUAUUCCACAUAUAGUCAACAAUGCCUAUGGAGUGCAGUCUUCAAAGUGCAUGCAUCUUAUUCAACAGGGGGCUCGGGUUGGUAGAAUAGAUGCUUUCGUUCAGAGCUUGGACAAAAAUUUUAUGGUUCCAGUAGGUGGUGCUAUAAUUGCUGGCUUUAAUGAUACCUUCAUACAGGAAAUCAGCAAGAUGUAUCCAGGAAGAGCUUCAGCUUCACCUUCUUUAGAUGUCCUUAUUACUUUGUUAUCACUUGGAUCAAAAGGCUAUAAGAGACUGUUAAAAGAAAGAAAGGAAAUGUUUUCAUAUUUGUCCAGUGAACUAAAGAAGUUGUCAGAAGCCUACAGUGAAAGACUGCUGUGGACACCUCACAAUCCCAUAUCGCUAGCUGUGACACUUAAGACACUAGAUGAACACCAGGACAAAGCUGUCACUCAGCUUGGCUCGAUGCUUUUUACCAGACAGGUUUCUGGAGCCAGGGUUGUGCCUCUGGGGUCUGUGCAAACUGUGAGUGGCUACACGUUCAGAGGCUUUAUGUCCCAUACAAACAGUUACCCUUGUGCUUACCUCAAUGCUGCAGCAGCCCUUGGGAUGAAGAUGCAGGAUGUGGACUUAUUCAUAAAGAGACUUGACAAGUGUUUAAAGACAACAAGGAAAGAAGGAAACAAAGACAGUGAUGUGUCUGCUGUUGACAAUUACGACAAAACUAAAGAUGCAGAUACUGAAGAAAUGGCUUUAAAACUAGAUCAUGUACAUCUUGAUACAUAUCAGGAUACUUCUUCAUGAUGUGCGAAGUGUUUCUUUUUGAUUUGAAAGAAACAAUGUGGCUACAGUACAAACAAGCAGUUUAAAGAAAAGAACUGAAAUUUUUGAAUUGAGAAUUUUAUAGAGAAUAUUCACUUGAGGAAUAGACUGUGAUCUGAGUUAGCUCUUGAUGGUUGCUAUGUUUUUUGUUUUAGAUUGCCUCAAUCUUUUUGAUCCUUAAUAGGUUAACAUAUACAAUUAGCAUUUUUCUAAUGGUUAGAAUAUUUGUCAAUUAAACAUCAUGAUUCAGAUAAUUCUUAUAAAUAUAAUGACUGUAAAAUUACCUCUAAUUCUCUUUGAAAUGUAGAGUGCUUCUUCCUAACCAUUGUCCAAUAUUCACAAAUCACUUAUGUUUCUGAUCACACAGAAUCUGGAAAGAUCUGUAAUGCUGCUAAUUACUGAAUGCUUCCUCAGUUGUCUCAGUAUGUUUGUAAACGAGACAUUCUCAGAGGAAGCAGAGUCAAGGCACAAACUUCCCUUUAGACAUUCUUAGAGCAGUGGUUCUCAACUGAGGAUGAUUUGCGUGCAUCUAAGCAAUAUUUAGGGACAUUUUUGGUUGUCAUAGCUGGUGGGAUAUUAUUGACACUUGGUGGGGAGAGGCCAUGGGUGCUGCUCAGUAUCCUAUAAUGCACAAAUUCCUGGAGCAGAAUUAACCAACCCAAAAUGUCAGCAAUGCUGAGGUUGAGAAACAUUGCUCUGAAAUAAAUGAAAUCCUCAAGUACAGAGAAGUUUUACCUAACAGCUAUGCAGUAGUUAAUAGUCAUGUGCUGCAUAAUGGCAUUUCUGUCAGCAAGGGACUGCAUGUCAGAUAGUAGUUCCAUAAGAUUAUAUUACCUGGGGACUUCGUAUCCAUUUUGGUUUGUUUUUGC